UCAUCGCCUCUUCUCUCGCUCUGCCUAGUUUUUAACCUUUCUCUUCUCUUCUUCCUCUCUAAAUUCUUUGGAAAACAAAGAAUUCGGAGAGGAAAGAACAUCCAAAAACUAUUGUGCUUUCGGUAUUCGGAAAGAGAGAAAGAAGAGAAAAGAACAACAAAAUCGAAAUGUCGGUCUCAAAGAUUUCAUUCGAAGUUUUUGCAAUCGUAUCUAUAAUUUUCGUCAUUUUGUUACCAUUGGUGUAUGGCCAUCCGGUUGCCCCUGCACCGGCUCCCACGAACGAUGGAACAGCAAUAGACCAAAGCAUAGGUUACGUUCUUAUGUUGGUUGCGUUGGCUCUCACGUACCUCAUCCAUUGAUCCAAUUUCGCCCCAACAGUAACGAAUUUUCAGAUUGGUCUCCUUUUAUAUUUUAUUUCAAUCACUUCUAUUGUAAAUGGAGAUCAACAAAUCUUUAUAUAUGGUAGAGAAAUAAAAAGAGCGUUUCCAAAAAAAAAACAGCAAAGGUGUUAAAAAUGUUUUUUUCUCGGACACGAAAAAAAAUCGUAAAAAA